AACAGUUAGUAAUCGAAAUAAUUCGUGUAUGAACGUGCAACUGGUGAAAGGAAAACAAAACAUCUUGAGCAGCGGGCCUGCGGUGUUUGGGCUCGCAGUGACGUCGCUCUCACGGAGCGGUGUCAAGGGCAAAAUGUUCCUAAUGGGUGAGAGAAAAGAAGUUCCUGGAGACCAGAGGAGAGAGUGAGGCGGUGCAGACGGACACACUCCUCUCAGGGCUUCACUCCUGCGCGCACAAACUCCCGGCGGAGAAACCACGGCUACGUCCGCAGCUCGGAGGGUUUCAGGAGCCGCUCAUCCUCUGACUGACAUGUCACUGUGGGGAAAGUGUUUGCGACGACAACAACAACAACAACAACAACAACAACAACAACAACAGGUAUGAGCAGUGGAUUAUCACAUCCUGUCGAAAAAGCAGACACUUGAAUCAACUUCCACAGAGUUCCUUGAACAAUCAGCUCCAGCCAUGAGCGGGAAAGGCUGUCAGCUCCUGGUGUCCCCCUGCAGCGUGUCCCCGUCGCCGAGCAUGAUCAGAGGACACCAGCCCCAGUCCGUCAGGAUACCCAUGUCCUCCCCACAACGGGCCAGUCUAAGUACCUCCUCGGGCGUGGAGAAAGUGAAAAGAGGGGGCGCGCACUCCUUUGUCCUGCCGUCCCUGAGCCUCCGCAGACAGGUGCUGACCAAUGGGAAGCAGCAAAACAUGCCGACUCCAUCCGUACACCACCCUCCAACCACAGCAGUGACGCCAACUGCACAGACAGGAUUCUGCUCCUCGAACAGCUUCUCCAAAGCAGGCUGCUCCGUGUCUGGGCCGACCAUGGAAGUAUUCGGUCAGCCAGCUGCUUCCAACCUGACUGUCACCAGCAGCCCCAUGUCUGUUGUCACAGGCCAGCGGUACCUUGCAGGGCCUGCAGCACCACCUCCUCCAUCACAUCCACACAGUGUGCAGGUUCCCCACGCUGACGCCAGAUCCGCAUUGUCCAGAGCAUCCCUGGCAUCCACGACGCUAAGUCUGUUUGAAACACAGUCAGUGUUUAGUGGCAGACAUGACUGGCCAUAUGGCUACCGUGUGCUUCCUCCGCUGGGGCCACCGCCGUGCUCCAACCAGGCCAGUGAGGGAGGCGUGCAGCUCGGCCUGUGCCCUGGCACGGCCAUGUCCGGCACGACCGUAUCAGGUGGCACGAGCACCUCUGCCUCGCUGCCCUCGUACCUCUUCGCAGGUGAUGCCGGGAGCCCCAGGCAGUCUCGUGCGAAGAAGAGAGCCCUUUCCAUGUCGCCUUUGUCAGACGUCAUGGGUACCGAUUUCAACUCCAUCAUACGCACCUCACCUACCUCACUUGUGGCUUAUAUCAACGGUUCCCAGAGCUCCCCGUCCUCCCAGCCCACACUCUCACCCGUCCAGUCUGAAGGAUAUGGUCACUUCCUGGGUGUGAGAGGUAGCUGCAUUCCCCAGCCACAUCCCUACAGCUCUUCGCAGGCUCUGGCCCCGCAGUCAGAGUGUGGCCGUAUGCAGAUUCUUGAAGCGGGAGGGGGUCUGGAGAGCCAGAUGGCUAACAUGGUGGUAGAGCAGCAGUGCCUCCCGGAGGAAGGCGGGUCCCUGGGGAAGACUUCAGACAGCAGCCUGCUGCCGCAUGUACAGUUACAGCCAGCGGUGUUGAGCACUAUCCAAGAAAUUGCCUCGCCACAAGGGCCUCCACCGCCCUACCACUCGCACCAGCACGUCCACCUCGCUAGACGUCACAGCAAAAUAAAGCCCCACUCUCAGGACCCUCCCAGGGGCUUUUUACCCCAGGUCCCAAUGCUGGAGGAAGAGGAAGGAGAGGUGGAGGACUAUGGGGCCCACUGCUGCAUGUGGUUGAACUGCAGUGCAGUGUACGAGCAAAAGGAGGAGCUGGUAAGGCACAUAGAGAAGCUGCAUGUGGACCAGCGGAAGGCCGAGGAUUUCACAUGCUACUGGGUGGGCUGCCCACGCAACUUCAAGCCCUUCAAUGCCCGAUACAAGCUUCUUAUCCACAUGAGGGUCCACUCAGGAGAGAAACCUAACAAGUGCACGUUCGAGGGCUGCAAGAAGGCCUUCUCUCGGCUGGAAAACCUGAAGAUCCACCUGCGAAGCCACACGGGGGAGAAGCCCUACCUGUGUCAGCACCCAGGGUGUCAGAAGGCCUUCAGCAACUCCAGCGACAGGGCCAAACACCAGCGAACGCACCUGGAAACAAAGCCAUAUACCUGCCAGGUGCCAGGCUGCGCAAAGCGUUACACUGAUCCCAGCUCCUUGAGGAAACACGUGAAGUCCCACACUACUAAGGAGCGACAGUUGUGGAAGAAGAUGAAAUCCACGGCCGGUGGGGCCCAGGACACGCUGACGGACUGUUUAACCAUCCACCCUCUGCAGCCGAGCCUCUCGCCUCUGGCAAGGAUCGACAGCAACUUGAACUCUUCUCCUGGCGCGUCCCAUGAGUCAUACUCUGCUGCUCCACAGGGACCGGACUCCUCCAGCAAUCCUCACCUGGCCCUGAUGUGCUCCUUACAGGACGAUUACAGGUUUGUUGAUCCUUCCCCUCACCAGCUCUUCCCAGGGGACCAGUGUGGGCCUCGCUCCCCCACCUGCCUCCCGCAUCCUCCUCCCAACGGGCCUUCUCUGCGGAACAACGGCGAUCUAAAGCACCCCAGCCACCAGCCUCCUGAUCUAGCAGAUCACAAUCCAGCGCAGACCGGCACGAGUCACCUGAUGCGAGAUGAUGCCUUCGGCGAUGAUCCAGCCGCCAACGAUGUCAGUGGCGUGGCGGCCUUACAAACAGCUCUUUCCUGCAUUGCAGGAUUUGACGUCCGCAGCCAAGCGCAGGAUGGAGGGGAUUUCUUCAGUGUGGUGGACCACUGCAGCGGCCAGGUCUCCUGCGUCUACACAGAGGGAUGAUAACCCUCAAUUACCGGUUUCGGUUUUUGUUUUGUUUUUUGUUCCACUUAAAUCAGAAUGGCCAAUCAGAGGAACGCUUUGGAACGGCGCCGCAACCUGGCGACGGCUUCAUUGAGCCAAAUAAAGGGAUAUUUGAUGAUAAAACAAUCUAAGAUGCUGCUGCUCGGCUGAGAUAACGUUCAAGGAAUCGACUCUUAUGCUCUUUCUCCCUCUCUUCUACUAAACCCCUAUAAAUAUAUACUGGCGUCUGCCGCAAUAAUAAAUGUAGAGUAAUGACUGAGACAACAGAAUUGGAAUGUUUACUUUCGUAGUUUUUAUACAGCUUUGAGUAUAACAUGUAGUAAGUUCCUCAAGGGUGACAUUUCACAAAGUAUGCAAAGGAUCAUUUAUUAAGGUUUUUCUUAGAACAUUUUCUUUGUAACUAUAGUAACAGGACAGCCUUACCAUUUCACUGUAAUGUUCAUAGCUAUAACCCAUCGUCUGAAUAUAGGGAAUGUGCUUUAAGUGCCCCUCUGCCUAGAUCAAUAUGCGGAUUUGUGUCGGUGAACAUACCACUGAUUUUGCAUGUUUGAGUUUAUUUACUGCAGAUUGCCGUUGACCCUUUCUGAAUGCGUUGGGUGGGGGGGGAGGGCAUGGUGCUGUAUGUUAUUGAUCUCCCACAGCCAUUAUUUCAUUUUCAAAUGGUAUGAAAUUAACCUGUGGCGAUUUUUAAAGCGUGCUUGCAACAGGCCAACUAAUACAGCGAUAAUAGGAGCUUUCAUCAUCGCCAGUUGAGGUAUUGACACAUUUAAUCAGGUUUGCACUUUCGGCUGCAUCAAAAACGCAACCGUAACAUGUGAUGUCUCUGUAAGCGUGUGAUCGUUAUGUAGUCGAGUGGAGGAAAAACAAAAACUAGUAACAAGUAUUAAUUGAUUUGCAGUGAAUGGCACUGCGACGGUAUAACUUUUGCGUAUAUAUGGAACAGAUCAAGGGGAAAAAAGUAAACGAUUUUUUAACCCUUGUUUGUCAUUUGUGUCUCUGAUGCACUGAAUCAGUUCACAGUGUAUCAUUUCAUACCUCACAGAGAACACAUUAUUACUUAACUGGUUUUUUUUUUUGUUUUUUUUCAUUUUUUUAUCAUUAAAUGAUCAUUUACAGAGUUACACCAUUCUACAAGGAGGUACAAAUGGAGGGGAGAGAAGUUACAUCAAGCAUUCUAUUUUUACUGAGCAAGACCAAGGUCUACUGAUAUAAUUACAGUUACUGGAUAGCUUGUGUGGCUUUCUUUGCACGCUAUAAAUCACUUUUUCUCAAGCAAAAAAUAAACUAAUUUAGCCGAGUCGGUAUCUCCUCAUCGAGUCAGUGUACAGGAACUCUAUUUGUAUUAAACCCAACAAGACAAAGGCACACCAGAGCAACUACUUUGCCUAUAAAUAACUCGAUAUACUCAGAUUCUGAAAAGGCAAUAAGCUAACUGAAAUCACAGAAUGAAUUUGGAACCACAGCUCUAGACCUGGACGAAAAGCCACAGGUCCAGCAGGAAGCGGUCUUCACAGCCGUGUGUUUUUUCUUGUUCCAAACUGAAAGGACAAAUUGUAUUACUUGAAAACAAUUCUUUUAGCAAAAGAGUGUCAUGCUUCAGAUGGGGGUUUCAGUAGUUGCUUAGCAACAACAACAGCUUUUCCAAAAAGCAUCUGUUUAGUACUGCUAACCCAAAAAAAAAAAAAAAAAAGUGUUGCGCACUGGACACAGGUGGUUGGUUGAGCUUUGUGUGCAGUUGGAUGCCGAUUAACAACACAGGGCUCACCUUCCCUGAUUGAAAACUUCUUCAUGUUUGUUCCUAAUUAGGCUAAGUGGUAAAAAACAAAAUGUAUAUUUGGUAAUUGCAUAGAUCUACAACAAUUGUUCUACCAAUAUCCACCAGCUGCUGCACGGCGUACAAAGAAAUGCAAUGUAAUGUUUCAAUAAUUAAAGGCUCUGAAAUGAUCCAUAA